AUGAUUAAGGCUACAUCUAGUGUUCAUAUUUAAAAAGUAUAAAUGGCAGUGCCACAAAUGAAUCCAUUCCAAGGAUAAGUUAGAUUGAGUAAUCCUUAUACAGAUGCACCUAGUACUCCAUAAAAAUAAUUUGUCAAUUAAUAAAUGAGAGGGUCAAUUACUAUAUCUACUCCAAAUAAAGCAUAAUAAACAUUUUAUUUAAAAGAAAAUAACAUUAAUAUUGAAUGUAGAGUUUAAACUUUACUCAAUGAAAAUUGCAUUUUAAAUUAACAAUUAGAAAAAGCUAGAUUUGAAAUAGAAAAUUAUCAAUAACAAAAUGAAUAAUUUUAAGAAAUUAAAUAAAGAGUAUUGAAACUAGAAUAGCUUAUAGAUACAUAAUAAAAUGAAAUUGAAAAAUGGAAGUUAAAAUAUCAAAGAGCAGCUGCUGGUGAAACUGAUAUAUAAAAGAUGGAAGGUUAAAUUAUAAAUGUUAUAGAAGAAAAUGAAAGAUUGAAUUAGUUUAUUUAAACUUUAAAUGAACAAUUAUCAGAAUAUAAAAACUAAAUUAGUUCUUUAUAGAAUACUAUAUAAUAAUAAGAUAUAGAGUUAAAGAAAUCUAAAAAGUCUGUUGAAAAAACUAAUAAAUAGGCAAUUCAAUGGAAUGCAUUUUAAAAUGAUAAAAAAGGAUCAAAAUAAACAGAAACCCAUUUUAUAAAAGGUAAAUAAAAUGAUCAAGAAUAAAUUGCUAUAGGUAAGAAAAAUGAUUAAGUAUGUAAAUAAUGUUAAUAAAAAUGCAAUUAAGAAAUUAUUCAAUUAUAAUAAUAAACAACUAAAAUUGAAAAUGAAAAUUAAAAAUUAUAAGCCAAAGUUAUUGAAUUAGAAACUAAAUUAUAAAGUUAAAUUACCCAUUAAUCAAUAGAUUUAAGAGAAGUUUAAAAUAGUUUGAAUAUUGAUAGUGUAAUAACUGAGUUAUAAGAAGUAAUUAAUAAAAAUUUAUUUUAGUAAAUACAAAAUCAAUAAAAGUUUGUUUAAGAUGAGAUGAAAAAGUAUUAAUAAUGUUAAUAAUAAAUGGAAAUUAUAAAAGAAUAAUUGAUUUAAUCAGAAUCAUUUUUUAAAUCAUUAAAUACAUAGGUUUAAACUGAUCAAAUUAAAUUUAAUGAUAAGCUAUUUUUUGAAUUUCAAAUGGGAUCUAAGAAUUGUUUAAGAAUUCUUGAAUAAUUAAAAAAUAAAUGA